AGCGCUGUGAUGCGCACUGCACUGACCAGAGAGUUUCGACGGCAUGACGAAUGAAAUAGCAGAAAAAUAUAUACAUAUACAGAAACGUGUUUGCAUUAUGGUUAUCGGUAACAGCACAGCUUUUGCCCAAGAGUUCGUGAAACAGAAAGGAGCCGUUUGAAUGGCCGCAAGCAACAUCGUGCUGAUGAACCCUGGUCCAACGAUGACAACGGCGACAACGUAAAGCUCCCAUUUUUCAGCCUGAGGUCAUCUAUGGGCCAGGCACCUCUGCGGAUCUUGUGACCCCAGACACCUCAGAAUGGGGGAUGUUGUCCAGAUGCAUUUUACCACCGCCGACUAUGUCAUCUUUGCUGUGCUGCUGGUGGCCUCAGCUGGUAUUGGCCUCUUUUAUGCUUUCUCUGGGGGUCGUCAGCGCACAACACAGGAGUUCUUGAUGGCUGACCGGUCCAUGAGCUGCUUGCCCGUGUCUCUGUCCCUUCUGGCCACCUUCCAGUCAGCAGUGGCCAUCUUAGGAGCUCCUUCAGAGGUUUACACCUUUGGAACACAGUAUUGGUUCCUGGGCUGCUCCUACUUUUUGGGCCUUCUUAUUCCUGCUCAUGUGUUCAUUCCUGUGUUCUACAGACUGCACCUGUCAAGUGCCUAUGAGUAUUUAGAACUUCGCUUCAACAAAACAGUUCGGGUGUGCGGAACUGUUACCUUCAUCUUUCAGAUGGUCAUUUACAUGGGUGUUGUCCUUUAUGCUCCAGCCUUAGCACUUAAUGCAGUGACUGGUUUUGACCUCUGGGGGGCAGUGCUGGCAAUGGGAUUGGUGUGCACUCUGUAUACUGCACUGGGAGGGCUGAAGGCUGUGAUGUGGACUGACGUGUUCCAGACCGUGGUGAUGUUUGCAGGGCAGUUGGCAGUCAUAGUAGUGGGGACCAGUCAAGCUGGGGGCAUAGGCCAAGUGUGGAGCAAGGCAAUAAACGGCAGCCGUAUUGCUGGACUAGACCUGAACCCAGACCCUUUAGAGCGGCACACAUUCUGGACGUUGGCUGUGGGUGGAGUCUUUUUGAUGCUGGCUUUGUAUGGGGUAAACCAGGCACAAGUUCAGCGAUACCUCAGUUCUCGUUCUGAGAAAGAAGCAGUAAUGUCAUGCUAUGUAGUUUUUCCAUGCCAGCAGAUUGUCCUCUGUCUGGGCUGUUUGAUGGGACUAGUUAUGUUUGCUCGCUAUGGAGAGGAUAGCCCGCUGGACAAAGGUUAUGUCAAAACUAAUGAUCAGAUGGUGCUGUACUUUGUCAUGGAUGUCUUCAGGGAUCUGCCUGGUCUUCCUGGGCUCUUUGUGGCCUGUCUUUUCAGUGGUGCUCUCAGCACUAUAUCAUCUGCGUUCAACUCUUUAGCCACAGUAACUAUGGAGGACCUCAUAAAACCUUAUUUCCCAGCCAUGGCUGAAUCAAGAGCCACCUUGCUGUCCAAAGGACUUGCGUUGGCGUACGGUCUUGUGUGCCUGGCCAUGGCCUACAUAGCCUCCUUAAUGGGCUCAGUGCUGCAGGCUGCCUUCAGCAUCUUUGGGAUGGUUGGUGGCCCUUUACUAGGAUUAUUCUGUCUGGGCAUGUUCUUUCCUUGGGCCAACUCAACUGGUGCCCUCAUUGGACUGAUAGCUGGACUUGGUAUGGCUUUCUGGGUAGGCAUCGGUAGUUUUGUCAUGCGCAUGUCCAGUUCCAACAUACCCCUCCUGAACACAACUAUGGCUCCUGAUUUUGAAAAUGCAACAGUGGUGCCUUUUUUGAAUGCUACAAUCACUAAGCCCAGACCAACAGGUGUCGAGGCACUUUACUCAUUGUCAUACAUGUGGUACAGUGCUCAUAAUUCAACCACUGUAGUUAUUGUGGGACUUUUGGUCAGCUUGCUAACAGGACCUAUGAAGGAGAGCCAGCUCACCCCCGGCACCGUGUUCCCGGUUCUUGGCACGCUCCUGUUUUUCCUGCCUGACCGAUACAAAGAAAAACUGUGCUGCAGGACUUCUCUGGCACCAAAGCUUCGAGAGAGAAGUCCCUAUUGCAAGACCAUGGAAGCCCCCAAUGGAUCCGCCUUGUUUAAAGAGGAGUUUGUGGCUGAGCUGGAGGGCUCAGGAGCGCCCCAAAAUGACAAGGAGAAGCGCAGCAGCCUGGUGCCUGUAGCAGGACUCCUUCUCCAAGAGACAGCUCUGUGAGGAGCCUGCACAUUUUACCAAACAAGUAUGGGGUGAUUUUGUACACCCAACAUGAGUAAAAAAUAUUUCUUUAACAUUUUAGUAGAAUUUCUGCUGCUGUGAUUGUCCUUUCAAGAGAAACAUACAUUUUAGAUUUUUAGCCAUUUAAUAGUUUUACUAAAGCCCACAGAGCAGUACAUUCCAGUGACCAAAUGCACUUUCUGUUUGGGGCAUGGCUGUAGAGGAAGAAUGUUUGGUUCUGAGAUGUGACUAUGUACUAAACUGAUUUCCUGAAGUCAUGCUGUAGUCCACUUCACUGUGCCAGUAAUAGCUUACCGUUUUUGGAAUCGAAGAAUUCUUGUGAACCAGUGUUGUGCCUGUAUAUUUACAAUGUGUCUUGAGUCUUACUUAGGGGUCACUGUCUACAUGAUGUCUGCUAUUUUUGUACCAAUCAUUGUUUAAGAAACAUGCAGCAUCAGCUUCCGUUGUUUUGACCCCAAAUACCUCAAACUAUCCAACGCACAAAGAAUAUGGUUCAUAUUCUUUUGCUUUUUACGUAUAGUCUUGUAUAUUUUUAAAUGAUACAUUUGCUAUUGUAUUAUAUAUUUUAGUAGUUGAAAUAUAAUUUUAUAUGCAAGAACCAUGAACCCUUUGGUGAAUUUGAAGUAGAAAUGGGAUGCCUUGUAUUUUUCUAUUGUCAUCCUCCAUCAGCUCAUGUACAUCCCAUGUUCUGACUACUGCCAAUGUUCUCUUCAUGGUUAACUUUCACCCCUCGCCUUGUCACUUCCUUUUUCUGACCUGAAAUUACUUGAAGUGUGUGCCUUAUUAAACCCGCACAUGAUCCCA